UCUCUGUGCCUCCCUCUCUCUCUCUCUCUCUGAAGCUCCUCUUUGUACUCUCCACCAUUUCAUUUCACACACACACACACACACUCGCACAAGCACACACUUUCUCUCUGUAGCUUCUACUUUUGCUGUCUUUCUCUAAAUGGGCGAAUCUAGCUGGCGAAGAUGAAGAUUACAGGAAAGCCGCAACUUCCGGCGACAUUCCCGGCGAGCGUAUCGACCAAAACCCUAAAGGCGGCCUCACCGGACUCAGAUCUCCAAUACAAGUCGGCCACCACUCGAAGACCCUCCCGGCGCUUGGCCCGAACCCCGACGCGCCUGAGGAGGCCCGGAGCUUCGUCCGGGAGGCGGAGCCGCCCCGAGACCCCGCUGCUGAGGUGGAACGUAGACGGAGGCGACCGAAACGACCGCGUGGAGGAGGACCAGAAGUUGGCAAGAGAAUGUCGCCGGAGGAGUCACCGGAGAGGACAGGACGAGGUGGUUGUGUCGUCGAGGAAGCUCGCCGCCGGGCUCUGGCGGUUGCAGAUGCCAGAGAUGGCUGCCGGUGCCGGCGGAGCUCGGCUAGGGAUUCAGCAUGGUGUUGGCCAUGUAGGCGUUCCCUUUAUGAGUCAUCGUAGUGGCAAAGCUCAUGGUUCUGAAGUGAAGGAUCUGUUACAAAGCCCUAGAUCCAUUGCUGGCACAAAGAAUGGAUUCUUGUGCAAGCUUGAACCUUCUUUACAAAUUUCAAACUCUGCAAUGGAGGGGGCAACAAAGUGGGACCCUGUUUGCUUUAAGACACCAGAUGAAGUGCGGCAGAUUUACGGUCACAUGAAGCUCCUUGACCAGCAACCAAGUGCUGUUUCGAUGGUUUCUGCCCUUGAAGCCGAAUUAGAGCGGGCUCGAGCCUACAUUCAGGAGCUUGAGACUGACCGCCGAUCCUCAAAAAAGAAACUUGAGCACUUUUUGAAGAAAGUCAGCGAGGAAAAGGCCUCAUGGCGUAGUAGGGAGCAUGAGAAAAUCCGUGCAUUUAUUGAUGACUUGAAAUCUGAAUUGAGCAGAGAAAGGAAAAAUCGCCAGAGGAUUGAAAUUGUGAAUUCCAAAUUGGUUAAUGAGCUGGCUGAUGCCAAAUUAUCUGCAAAGCAUUAUAUCCAGGACUAUGAAAAAGAAAGAAAAGCCAGGGAAUUAAUUGAGGAAGUAUGCGACGAGCUUGCUAAGGAAAUUGGAGAAGACAAGGCUGAAGUUGAAGCACUUAAGAGGGAGUCCAUGAAACUCCAAGAGGAAGUGGAAGAUGAAAGGAAGAUGCUGCAGAUGGCUGAGGUCUGGCGAGAAGAACGUGUUCAGAUGAAGCUGGUAGAUGCAAAGGUGGCCCUUGAAGAGAAGUAUUCUCAGAUGAACAAGCUUGUAUCUGAUCUAGAGACAUUUCUGAGGUCAAGAAGUGCAAGUCCAGAUGUGAAGGAGAUGAGAGAAGCAGAGUUGCUCCGACAGACUGCUGCCUCUGUGAAUAUUCAAGUUAUCAAGGAGUUUUCUUAUGUACCCCCCAACCCAGAUGAUAUUUUCUCUGUUUUUGAGGACGUUAAUUUUGCUGAAUCCAAUGAGAGGGAGAUUGAGCCAUGUGUUGCUUACAGUCCUGCCAGCCCGGCCUCCAAAAUUCAUACCGUGAGUCCUGAAGUUAAUAUGAUUAACAAGGGCAGCAUUCAGAGACAUUCAAAUACAUUUAUUGAUCAGAAUGGUGAUAUAGAAGAAGAUGAAAGUGGGUGGGAAACUGUGAGCCAUCUCGAGGAUCAGGGCUCAAGUUAUUCACCAGAGGGGAGUGCCCCAUCUGUCAACAAGAAUCGCCGAGACAGUAAUGUUUCAAGGAGCGGAACGGAAUGGGAGGGAAAUGCUGGUGAAGAAACACCAAUUACUGAAAUCAGUGAAGUCUGCUCUGUACCAACAAGGCAGUUGAAGAAGGUCUCAUCCAUAGCACGGCUUUGGAGAUCAUGCCCAAGUAAUGGUGAAAAUUACAAGAUUAUCUCUGUAGAGGGGAUGAAUGGUAGACUUUCAAAUGGAAGGAUAUCCAAUGGGAGUACCAUAUCCCCAGAUAGGGGGUCUCUUAAAGGUGGGACUAGCCCCCCGGAUUUGGCAGGGCACUGGAGUUCUCCCGAGUAUGGGGAUCCUCACAUGAGUAGAGGAAUGAAAGGGUGCAUUCCUCGCAGCACACAGAAGAAUAGUUUGAAGGCAAAGCUUUUGGAGGCAAGGAUGGAAAGCCAGAAGGUCCAAUUGCGCCAUGUUCUUAAACAGAAGAUUUAGACAUGGUGAGGCACAGCUUGCUCAGCAUGGGUACUGACAAAGCCAGAUGGAAAUAAGUAGUUUCAUUGCCACCUUGAAAAGAUACCCAUUUGAAACUGCUCAGAGGUUUUUAAGAGCCUGAGAAUAAAAAAUGCUCAUGAUUGACCUAGUGGAAGCUCUCAUUUUCUGGCUCUCCAGUUCUUGCUAGCAAUUGAUCAUGCUCUACAGAAAGUUCUGUUUCAUCACUUCUCUGCCAACCUCUGAGAAAUAACCAUCCAUAUUCAAGGAACACCCAGGUUAUCUUCUGUCAUGAGUAACUGCGGUUUCGCAUGUUUAGGUUAUAGGAUUCUCUUUGCAAGUGAUCCGGAGAGCAAAGUAUGCUAUUUGUACUGUAUCAUUUAAGUCUUGACAUUAUCAGGGAACACAAAUGCAUGGUAGAGAUUGAAAUGAUAACAUUCUCCUUUGUAAUUUA